AUGCGGGACGCGAAUCACGGCCCAGCUCGCGGGCUGAUGGCCGGAUGGAGACUACGACUACCCACGUGGCGCGAGAGAUCUCCCUCGCCGGGCUCGCAGCCGACCGCAAGCUGUUCUGGCGUUCAAGUGUGCAGCGUGUCGGGCGACCCACUGUUCCAGCCACGCUUCGCGCAUGCGCUGUGCGGGCGGUUGCGGGUGGGGGCGGCGGCUGCGGUUUCCCCCUUUCCACCUGCACCCCUACCCCUGCUGCAGCCAGCGGCGAGCCGUCCGGCAGCGCGCUGGGUGACGCGGGAGGAAAGAAAUGAAUCGGAGAGCGUCGCGCCGCCGGCAGGCGCGCAGCGUCGCACCCCACGGCCCAGGCGGCGUUACCGGCCGCCAAGUGUGUGGCUAUUGAUCGCGGGCACCCCGCCGCCGCCGCCGACGCCGCCGCCUCCGCCCGCCGGCGCCGGUGCUAACGAGCGCCUCCCCCGCCGCCCCCCGCCACCACCGCCGCCGCAGACGACUGAAGAAGAAGAAGAAGAAGAAGAGGAGGUUUUGGGAGAAUGUGAAUCAGACAAUUCAGAUGCUGUACAGUGGCUAACUUGA